GAGGCGGGCGGCGGCGGCGCCUGCGCGGUCGGGCUCGGUCGACGGUUCGCAGGGGAGGAGGCGGCGGGAGGCGGAGGAGGCGGCGGCGGCGAUGGAGGUGAAGCGGCUGAAAGUGACCGAGCUGCGGUCGGAGCUGCAGCGGCGCGGCCUGGACUCACGCGGCCUCAAGGUGGACCUGGCGCAGCGGCUGCAGGAGGCGCUGGACGCCGAGAUGCUCGAGGACGAGGCCGGAGGUGGCGGGGCCGGGCCCGGCGGGGCCUGCAAGGCGGAGCCUCGGCCUGUGGCCGCGUCGGGCGGCGGCCCGGGCGGGGACGAGGAGGAGGACGAAGAGGAGGAGGAGGAGGACGAGGAGGCGCUGCUUGAGGACGAAGACGAAGAGCCACCCCCUGCCCAGGCCUCGGGCCAGGCCGCACAGCCGCCGCCGGAGCCCCCGGAGGCGGCAGCCGUGGAGGCCGCGGCCGAGCCCGAUGCUUCCGAGAAACCGGAGGAGGAGGCCACAGCCGAGUCAGGUGGGGUGAACGGUGGCGAAGAGCAGGGCACCGGCAAGGGGGAGGAAGAUGAGCCGGAGGAUCGGAGCGGAGACGAGACGCCGGGAUCCGAGGCGCCGGGUGACAAGGCCGCAGAGGAACAGGGAGAUGACCAAGAUAGUGAAAAGUCAAAACCAGCAGGCUCAGAUGGUGAGCGGCGGGGGGUAAAGAGACAGCGGGAUGAGAAGGAUGAACAUGGCCGAGCUUACUAUGAAUUCCGAGAGGAGGCUUACCACAGCCGUUCAAAGUCUCCACCACCCCCUGAAGAAGAGGCAAAAGAUGAGGAAGAGGAUCAGACUCUUGUGAACCUGGACACGUAUACCUCGGAUCUCCAUUUUCAAGUGAGCAAAGACCGCUAUGGAGGGCAGCCACUUUUCUCAGAGAAGUUCCCCACCCUUUGGUCUGGGGCAAGAAGUACUUACGGAGUGACAAAGGGGAAAGUCUGCUUUGAGGCCAAGAUAACCCAGAAUCUCCCAAUGAAAGAAGGCUGCACAGAGGUUUCUCUCCUUCGAGUUGGAUGGUCUGUUGAUUUUUCCCAUCCACAGCUUGGUGAGGAUGAAUUCUCUUACGGUUUCGAUGGACGAGGACUCAAGGCAGAGAAUGGGCAGUUUGAGGAAUUUGGCCAGACUUUUGGGGAGAAUGAUGUCAUUGGCUGCUUUGCUAAUUUUGAGGCUGAAGAAGUAGAACUUUCCUUUUCUAAGAAUGGAGAAGACCUUGGUGUGGCAUUCCGUAUCAACAAGGAAUCCCUGGCUGACCGGGCCCUCCUACCCCAUGUCCUCUGCAAAAAUUGUGUUGUAGAAUUAAAUUUUGGUCAGAAGGAGGAGCCCUUCUUCCCACCGCCAGAAGAGUUUGUGUUCAUCCAUGCCGUGCCUGUGGAGGAGCGCGUGCGCACUGCGGUCCCUCCCAAGACCAUAGAGGAGUGUGAGGUGAUUCUGAUGGUGGGACUGCCUGGAUCUGGAAAGACCCAGUGGGCACUGAAAUACACAAAAGAAAACCCUGAGAAAAGAUACAAUGUCCUGGGAGCUGAGACUGUGCUCAAUCAAAUGAGGAUGAAGGGGCUCGAGGAGCCACAGAUGGACCCCAAAAGCCGAGACCUUUUAGUUCAGCAAGCCUCCCAGUGCCUUAGUAAGCUGGUCCAGAUUGCUUCCCGGACAAAGAGGAACUUCAUUCUUGAUCAGUGUAACGUGUACAACUCUGGCCAACGGCGGAAGCUAUUGCUGUUCAAGACUUUCUCUCGGAAAGUGGUGGUGGUCGUCCCUAAUGAGGAGGACUGGAAGAAGAGGCUGGAGCUGAGGAAGGAAGUGGAGGGAGACGAUGUGCCUGAGUCUAUAAUGCUGGAGAUGAAAGCCAACUUCUCUCUGCCUGAAAAAUGCGACUAUAUGGAUGAGGUGACAUACGGGGAGCUGGAGAAGGAGGAAGCUCAGCCCAUUGUCACUAAGUACAAGGAGGAGGCAAGGAAGCUGCUGCCCCCCUCCGAGAAGCGGACAAACCGCCGAAACAAUCGAAACAAGCGAAACCGGCAGAACCGAAGCAGAGGCCAAGGCUACGUGGGCGGGCAGCGCCGAGGCUACGACAACCGGGCCUACGGGCAGCAGUACUGGGGGCAGUCUGGAAACAGAGGGGGUUACCGUAAUUUCUACGAUCGAUACAGGGGAGACUACGAUCGGUUCUAUGGGCGAGAUUAUGAGUACAACAGAUACAGAGACUAUUACAGACAAUACAGUCGGGAUUGGCAGAAUUACUACUACCACCAUCCCCAGGACAGAGACCGAUACUACAGGAACUACUACGGUUACCAAGGGUAUCGGUGAAGCCCCUGCCAUUGUCGCCUGUCAGCCAUGAAGCUGAAUCUCUGGGGGUGCCAAGCACCCCCCAAAACACAACCAAGGAAAACAGGGGCUGCCGGGGUGGGGCUGAGCUGCCGGGGAGGGGCGGUGGGGGGAGGGUGCGCAAGCAGUGGGGGGAGGGGGGUGGAAACAAACAACAAAACUGUACAUUUUUUUUUAAAGUUUGUUGAAAAGAAUAUUGUCUUAUUCUAUAAAACAUUUCAAACCUAGUUAGAUAUUUGUAAUCAAAAAAACAUUUGCUCAGAAAGCAGCACUUAGGGCUGCCUGUCCUAUACCCUGCAGUCAGACAGGAAGAGAGAACUGAAAAUGUCACCCUUCUGACAUUCUAAGGCAGCUGGACCGGCAGCCGAGUAAGGGAGAGUGACGGCGAGGUGGUGCGGAGAGGGUGGGGAGGCGUGCGAGCGAGGGCGCUCUCCAUAGCAGGCAGGAGUGGGGACAGAGGGAGAGCUUGUGACUGGGGCAGUGAAAAUAAACGAUCAGCUCUUAUCAAUCACUUGCACCAACUAACCGUUUGUAUUUUCUUUACCGACCUUUCCCUCUUGGGAUAUCUGGUCCGGUGGGCUGGGAGGCCAUAGUGUCCCUAUCUCUACGUUCCUGUGCCUUUGUGCUGUUUGGCUGAGGCAUGGAGACUACCAGUUGGGCGGUUCUGUUACAUAGGAUCCCCACGCCAAGGAGGCAUGGGGACUGUUCCUGAUUGCAGAGCAGAAUAGCUUGCAGCCUCUCUGUAUCUGUUAAUGGAUUUCCAUAAAAUCCGGGGGAAGAGUUGGGGUUGCAGCCCUCAGCCUGAAGACUGUGAUUUGCCAGUCUCUACUCUCUGUCUUCCAAGGUUGAGACAGGUGGGAAGUCUCUGAAAUCAUCUCUGUUAGAGAAUCUGUCCUCUUAUAGUUCAAGAGAAGGAACGUUUCUCAGGGUUUCAGCUCACACAGAAACGAAGCAGGAUUCUUUUCACUGCAGCAGGAUAUGUAUAUAGGUGAAUCCUGUGGUGUGGGCUACCAGGCCCAGGCGCUGAGAAUAGCAGCUAUUUUCUACAGUGUGGAGGGCCGGGGCCCUGCUGGCUUUUUUGAUACACAGAUAGAGAGUGAAUAGAAAAGGGUAGGGUGGGGGGGUGGGAGGCAGCUCUGUGGGGCUGCUGGAACUUGGGAAGAGCAUGAAUGUGAGCGUGUGCAGCGUGUGCAUGAAAGGGAGCACCCCUUCCCAACUUGUUGAAACAGGAUUCCUCCUGGGGUGCCUUCCCUGUGUGUCCCAGAGAGGCCUCUAGCCAAGAGACUUCAGUCGGGAGACUUAUUGUUUGUAACUUUACCUGCACCCUCCCAGUUCUUGACAGACAGCUUCAGGUUGCUGGUUCAAGAAUAUGGGUGGGUUAUGGGAAUGCUCUUUCAAUACUGAGCUUCAGUUUUCAUUCACCUUCCUGCUCAGCAUUGUGUCAGCCAAGAGCUUACUCAGCGAACACCACACAUUGCUGCACUUCCUGGCGAGGGGAGCCCUGGGUUGUGCUACUAGAAGGUACUUCACUUCCAUUUCCUUACCUGGGCAGUCCUCUGUUGAAAAUGUUGUGCUGAGAUUUGACCUCUCUCUCCCUCUCCCACGGUUACUGCCGUGCCCAGGAGGGUGCACAGGCCCUCGUCCUGGCCCUCUUGUCGCCCUUCUGCUCCACAAGGACCUCUGAGCCGGAGGCUGGAAUGGGGGGCUGAUAGGCAAUACGUUUGCUUGCUCAUAAUGAUGUCCUUUCUCUGGGCACCUGCUUUUUCUGUGGUGCCAUCAAAUGGAUUUGUGUGUGGCAGUGGGUGAAGUGAUUGCAUGAAUUUUUCUGUAACCCACUAACUUUUUAUUAUCAUUAAGGGGAGUUUUUGAGAAAGCUUUGCUCAUAGUGUCAGGGAGGUAAAAAGGAGGAGGUAGAAACUGGAGCCCAAAGAAAUUCCCUUAGGGCAAGAUUAUGUUAUAACAGAAAAUUGACUCUGAGGCAGAAGCUGCCACCCCUAUUCAAACGUUUAUUCUCCAGCAAAUAGCAUCUUUUUAUAGUCUACAGCACGGUUCGGGGAUGCUAGGCCCUCAGGACCAGGGGGACAAAGCUUAAGCCGCUUUGGGUUUUUUUUGGGGGAGGGGAGGUACUUGCUGUUAAUUUUUGACACUAGAAAGUCAUUUUUUUUAAAAAAAGCUUUUUCUAGGUGGGUGGAGAGUGAAACUGCCACGUCCUUGUCGGUUUAGUCCAAGAGAUCACUCGCAACAACAGGAGAUGUCUGGGUUUUGUUUCUGUCUGUUUUUUUAUUAUGAAAAAACAAUGUUAAGGGGGAAAAUGUGGAUUAACAGGCGGGAUCCCUACCCUUGUUUUCCUUAGAAGACUUGUUUAGUGUCUUAUCAGACGUCUGUUGUAGUUGUAGAUGGAAAAGCUUGUGAGAAAAACAACCACCACAUGGAGCCUGUAAAUGUUAUUGCACAACCUGUAAAGCAUUCUUGGAAGUGGCCAGUAAAAAAGGGUUUUACCAUUUAAAAAAAAUGUAACUGUGUCAUUGUUUACAUCUGUAACUUUUUCCUCUCCUGUUCUCAUUACAACAUUAUGGCAAAACUGUAGGCACCGUAGCUUCCAGUUUUAGAAUAAAUAACCAUUUGGAUUGAA